UCCAAACUCUUCCGUUUACAAAUACUGGUCACAGUUCAGUCUGUUUCUCUCUGAAUUGAGAUCGUUACGCGAUUUUAAUCGGUGAAUCCAGUCGAUAUGCGGUAAAGACAACAUUAUUACAGCUCCCUUCAGACUGCAUUCACUUUUACAGCGGAUUUCGUCAUCAAACAUGGAGAAAUUUGAGGGCUACAUCUUCACUGCUCUCUGCAGCACCAACUUUCUCAUCUCCUGCCUGCUCUUCUCCAGAGUCACCCGGGAGCAGAGAGAGCCCUACAUGGACGAGAUUUUUCACGUCCCACAAGCUCAGAAAUACUGCCACGGGAAAUUUAACGAGUGGGACCCGAUGAUCACCACUCUCCCGGGCUUGUACCUGGUCUCCGUGGGAGUCAUCAAGCCCGUGGUGUGGCUCGCUGACCUGACAGGCCAGGUGGUGUGCUCCACAGCGAUGCUGCGAUUCAUCAACCUGCUCUUCAAUUGCGGCAACCUUUACCUGCUCUACCUGCUCAUCUGCAAACUGCACCUCAGGGAGAAGACACGAACAACCUCACGGCGAGUGCUGUCAGCGCUGUCUCUAUCCACCUUCCCCGUGCUCUACUUUUUUAACUUCCUCUACUACACUGACGCCGGAUCGACUUUCUUCAUCCUCUUCACCUACCUCAUGACGCUCUACGGCUGCCACAAGGCAUCGGCGCUCCUCGGCGUCUGCUCUGUGCUCUUCCGCCAGACCAACAUCAUCUGGGUGGCCUUCUGCGCGAGCACAUUGGUGGCCGCCAAAAUGGACGAGGCCUGGAGGGUGGAGCACACGAAAAAGAGGGAUGAGAAGUCUCCUCCAUCGCAGGUUCCGCUGUCACUCAGUGGUGCUAAGAAAGUGACGCUUUUUACGCUGGAGUUCCUCACUUCACCCAGUCACGUGAAGGCGGUGCUGCUGGUGGCGUGGCCUUACGCAGUGGUCGGUGUGGGCUUCUUGGCGUUCGUGGUGCUGAAUGAUGGGAUAGUGGUGGGUGACAGGACGAGUCACGAAGCCUGCCUCAACUUUCCCCAGCUUUUCUAUUUCCUCUCCUUCACCCUGUUCUUCUCCCUGCCCGUCUCGCUUUGUUACCACCGCACUCUUCGCUUCCUCCACGCUCUAAAGAAGCAGCCUCUGUUCUUCCUCUUCGUCACGUGCGUCUCCCUGCUCCUGGUGUGGAAGUUCACCUUCGUCCACAAGUACCUCCUGGCGGAUAACCGCCAUUUCCCCUUCUACGUGUGGAAACGGCUUUACCAGAGGCACGAGCUGGUGCGCUUUCUCCUUGUCCCUGCGUACGUGUUCGCAGGGUGGAAUUUUCUGGACUCCUUUAAGUCGCGCUCACUGUUCUGGAGUUUGGCGUUCCUGGCGUGCCUCCUGGCUGCCACAGUGCCCCAGAAACUGCUGGAGUUCAGGUACUUUAUCGUGCCCUACCUGAUGUACCGCCUGCACAUGCCCCUCCCCUCUCUUCCCAGACUCAUUGUGGAGUUCCUCUUGUACACUGCGGUCAACACUGCCACGCUUUACAUCUUCAUCACCAAGACCUUCCACUGGCCGGACAGCACGGCCACACAGAGGUUCAUGUGGUGAAUAAAAGAGACAAGUAUCAAGUGUCAGGAGUUCCCGAAAUUCCAGUAACAAACAAAAAUGACUCACAUUUUCACCAUUUCAUACAGUGCAAUCAAAUGGCGCUCGAGAGCGCAUAAAGGGAUCGCCAUAUCUUACACUGAGAAUCAAGAAUGUUAGUUUUAAUGUGACAUGUGGCAGUGAAAAUUAAAAACCAUGUAAAGGUGGAGACUGCAAUUCUGAUUAAUGACAAUGAAGUCCCUUCAUUACACUGGCUUGCUUUACUACACAGAACCAAACCAAACAGGCAUCAAGUCGCCUUAUUUUUUGAUUAUAGCAUGCCGGCAUUGUGGAAGCAAAAGAGGUGUGAUGGGUGGGUCACAUAAUACAACAGUGUCGGCCUCUAGUGUUACAUAUAACAUGUGUAGGGAAGCACUAUAACAAGCCAUACCAAUAACAUAAUAUUGCAACAACAUGCAUUUACCGUCCUCUGUGGUUGAUCUUUCCCUCUGCUCGGGGGGUAAGGAGCUCAUUCUACCCAAUUUACAAUCCCUUUUACACAAACAUCAAUUUGAUGCUGUUACUACCACCACUGCCAGCUUAAAGGCGAGACAACUCUGUCCCCCAAUUCCUCAAUCAUACCUUUUAUACAGAAUUGCGAUUCAAAAUCAAGCCGAAAUAUUCCCGCCUUUAAAAGGCAGUGUGGGGCUGUGUUCAAAUCGCAGACCACCUUUAAUGUAGAGGAUUUGGGGGCUGAGUUAUGCUGUGUUUUGUUUUCACUGACAAAAGCUACAAAUGGAAGCAGGGCUGUAGAUUAAUUGUAAAUAAAUUCACAGUUACAUGAAAAUGACCAAGAGUUUUCAUAGAGAAUUAAUU